AUGCGUCCACCAGCACCAGCACCAGCACCAGCAACACCAACGCCCCGCCCACCAGCCAUAGUGCGGCCAGCAAUCCCAAUCAGGCCUCCUCCGCCGCCCCAAGAGCCAGCCCCUGCAUCUCAGCCUCCCACUGCCCCGCCAUCGCCCCCCGCUCCACCCAUACCAGCUUCCCCUGUCCCAACCACCACCCCUUCAACCCCACCUAGGUCACCAGUUGCACCCCGGCCCUCUCCACCGAGGGCCCAAGUUGCAACAUCACCACCACCACCAUCCUCCCCGGUCACAAAACCAGCAACUGUCCCUACCUCGUCCCCUCAAAUCAAGACUCAAACCACAUCCCCACCCUCCUCCAAACCUACACCACCUCUCCCAACUGCCGAAACAGCCAUUCCCAAGAAAGACACGCCCCUAUCAUCUCCCAAACCACUCAAACCAUCACAAGAAAUCAAGGCUUCAUCUCACCCCCCUUCCCCCCUCCAACUGCCCCCCGCCCAGCUCAGGCCAUCGCAGGAGGACCGCGAGCCCAAGAUCGAGCAGAAAAGCGUCCUCGUCCAAGAAAGCUUCGAAAAGCCCACCAAACCCAACAAUGCUCAUACCCUCCAUUCCCUCCCAUCCAAAGGCAAAAGGGAGCCUCCAACCAAAGACAAGGGCGCGAUCAAGAAACUCUCUGACUCCGAAGAUUUGGGAAUGAGAGUGAUCACCAUUACCGGUGAAAACAGGGGAGCCCUCAUGGAGAUAACCUCUUCCAACAAGAAGAAACACCCUCACGGCACCGCCUACACCCUCGCAAACGACACCACCAGUGACCACAAGGAUAAGAAUUCGGUGGGGCAGUCGCAGCCGCCCAUGACGACGUUCUUGAACAGCAACGUUCAAGGAGUGAACAACUCCAUUGUGUUCAACAGCAGCUGCCACCACAACGAUCCCGGGAUCCAUCUAACUCUCGUUAGGAAGCUCAAUGGCAGCAGAGGAAACCACAAUGGUUGA